CUGACCACUGUCUCGGCCCUAUCUGCAUACACCACCCCGGACAACGUCAACUAUCGCCACGAACCAAUAGAUGUCAGUUGCGAGACCGUUAUCAAGUUCAACGUUAAAGCAUGUCAUGAUGCUCAUUUACAACUACGGAAAAUACCUGGGGACACGACAAGUGAUACUUAUGAGGUCGUUCUUCACGGCUGGGAAGAGAAUCCGAGUUCUGCUAUACGUGAGCAAGGAAUGAUAAAAGCCAAUUUUUCGGGUGCUAUUUUAAGCUGCAAUGAGGGGAAACCAUUUUGGGUGAGUUGGGCAAACGGAAUUGUUGAAGUUGGGAAAGGCCAUGUGUAUGCAGAGGACAGGUUUAUGGUUUGGGAAGAUCCAACUCCACAUGAUGUAAAUGCAGUUAACUUUGUGACUGGUUGGGGAGCAACUGGUACAUGGGAGCUUGUUGGCGUGGAUUUACCUUCUAAAUUAACUGCAAGUGAAUGUGACAAUAAAGUGCAAACUACCGAAGAGUCGACGCUUUCAAAUUAUGUGACUACAAGCUCUAGCAAACUAACUAUACCAGAUGAAGUGACCACUGCGUCGACCAAUCCACCUAUAACGCAAUAUGAUGUAACAACAGCGUCUACCAAUCAGCCAACUAAACCAUAUGAUGUGAGCACAGCCUCAACCAACCGACGCACUGCACAAUAUAAUAUGACCACAGCAUCUACAAACCGACGUACCUCACCAUUUGAUGCGACUACAGCGUCCACCAACGGACGGAAUACACAAUAUAAUAUGACCACAGCAUCUACAAACCGACGUACUACACAAUAUAGUAUGACCACAGCAUCUACAAACCGACGUACUACACAAUAUAGUAUGACCACAGCAUCUACAAACCGACGUACCACACCAUUUGAUGUGACUACAGCGUCCACCAACCGACGUACUACACCAUUUGAUGUGAUCAGGGCGUCCACCAGCUUGCCAACUUCACCAAAUGAUGUGACAACAGUGUCCAACAAAAUACAGACUACACUAAACAAUAUGGCUGAAAGAGCAAACAACCCACCAAUUACACGACACAGUAUUAAUUCAAGAAAUCCUAUAUUCCUUAAGGAACUUGUGGAUGAUGAAUUAGAAGCAGAAAUAUAUGAGCCGAUAAAGAGAAAGGAACAAGAACCAGAAGAAGCGGAGUAUGCUGCACUAAUUGGCAUUCCCCCUUUUGUUAUCUUGGUUAUCGUUAUCGGAUUUAUAGUUGUGUCAGAUUCGAGAAUAUUAUGGAAAGACUUGAGAAAGGGCUUUAGAAAUGUUCGUAGCACUGUAUAUUUUUUCAUUGGCCGGAACCAUUGAAAAUACUAAUACGGUGUUAAAUGGUUGAGAUGAACAAAGCCUCGAUAACAUUCGCAAUCAUACGUGUCCUU